UCUGCUCGCCGAUCAGCUGGCUUGUUGACGUGUGCGGCGGGGCAGAGGAGGUGCUGGGUUGGCACUCGGGACGCGCUCGGCUGAGGAGGACUCGAAGCAGGCACGAUGAUGUUGAAGGCUGUUAUACUCAUUGCUGGGCCUCAGAAAGGCACACGUUUUCGUCCCUUGUCCUUGGAUGUCCCAAAGCCGCUGUUCCCAGUGGCUGGCUUGCCGAUGGUCCAGCAUCAUAUAGAAGCACUUGCAUCCUUACCAGAUCUGAGGGAAAUUCUCCUCCUUGGAUACUUCCCUGCCCAACAACUACAACAGUUUGUAGCUGACAUGAUGGCUACUUACAAGAUAAGAAUAAGGUAUCUUCAAGAAUAUCAAGCUUUAGGAACAGCAGGAGGAAUCUAUCAUUUCCGUGAUCAAAUAAGCUCUGGGAAUCCUGAUGCUUUCUUUGUGCUAAAUGGGGAUGUGUGUGGAGACUUUCCUCUACAGGAAAUGCUUGACUUCCACACAAAUCUUACCACACCUUCCCUCAUUACUAUUAUGGGUACAGAAGCCACAAGACAACAGUCUACUAUGUAUGGUUGCAUUGUUGAAGCAAAAGACACACAUCAGGUCCUCCAUUAUGUUGAGAAGCCAUCCACUUUUGUAUCAAACCUGAUCAACUGCGGUGUAUACAUUUGUUCCCCUGAUAUAUUUAAAAGGGUGGGUGAAAUUUUUAACUCAAGACAAGAUUUUUACAGUGAUGACAGUGAGGGCAAUGAAUCUAUUCAGCUUGAACAAGACAUUCUGAUGCCCAUUGCAGGCACUGGUCAAGCCUAUGUUUACACCACCGACAGGUCAGUUUUGUAUGAUGAUUGUUAUGGGGUAAACUUUCUUCAAAUGCGAAUGAGAGAUAUAAAAACUGAAAUUUAUAAACCAACAUCAUUGGGUGAUGUUUACAUUCAUCCAACAGCAAGUGUUGAUCCGUCUGCAGUGUUGGGCCCAAACGUGAGUGUAGGAAAGAAUGCAGUAAUUGGUGCAGGUGUCCGUAUCCGAGAAUCUAUUAUUCUUGGCAACACAACAAUACAAGAACAUAGCUGUGUGCUUUAUACGGUGGUUGGAUGGAACUCGACAGUUGGAGCCUGGUCACGCCUAGAAGGAACACCUUGUGACCCAAAUCCAAAUAAACCCUUUGCCAAAAUGGAUAAUGUACCUCUUUUUAACAAUGAGGGCAAAUUAAAUCCAUCAAUAACUAUCCUCGGGUGUAAUGUGUCCGUGCCGUCUGAGGUGAUUGUGCUCAACUCCAUUGUUCUGCCGUACAAGGAUCUUCCACGCAGCUACAAGAAUGAAAUCAUUCUCUAAUCACAUGUUAUUUUCUUGGUUGUUCAUUUAAUUACCUGAGUUGAAUUAGUUGUAAUUGCCUAUUACAAUAUUUGAAUGAUUGAUUGAUUUUCUUCUUUCAUUUAAUCUUCUGUUGCUUGGGACUGGGAAAAAAGUUUGUAUCCUAAUCAUGUAAAGUAUUUAUUACAAGUGCAAUUAUUUAGAUUUUUUAAUAAAAGUUUAGAAAUGGA